AUGCCUCCUCCUGCAAUGAUUGCUUUUAAUGAUGGUUUUUCUCAGAAAUCUAACGAUAUUGAGUGGCAAGGUUUCAGAGUUUUUCCAGGAGAAAACCCUAACCCUAGUUUCAAUAUCUUGGUGAAGAAGGCAGUUACGCAAAGCGAGAAAUUAACCAGUCCUAUUCUCUCACGUUCGUCGGCGACAGACGACAGUUUCAGAAUGGUGUUACCGCCUGCGAUGCCUCCGCCAAGAGACUCGGCGGUUCCGCUUCCAAUGCUCCCGGAACCGAUGAGAAUCAGGAAGAAACUUAGCCACCAAGAAACAAUAAAUUUUAUGAGGAAGUCACCUUGUUACAAGGAAGAAGAUUUCAAAUGUAACGCAUUCUGCUUGUCUAUUCCUGGAUUCGGGAAACACAAACCGGUUAGAUCUUCUUCGAAACGUCAAGAUUUGAUGGAGAAGAAGAUGAUCAGAGCGUCUUCUUUCACUCAUUCAACUGUUUCCAUGCGCGCUUCGCUCGAGAAAUUCGAAUGCGGUUCUUGGGCUUCCACAACGGCUCUGAUGCAAGAGAACGGUCGGUUGUUUUUCGAUUAUCCGGUAGAGAUGAUGAAAUGCAAUAGCCCGAGCCGCAGCGGAAAUGGAGGAAGAGAUAUGCAAGAACCGGUGACUUCUGGUUUCUUGUUCGAUAAAGAAACAGAGACUUUGGCUUUGAGAAGCGUUUUAAAGACGAGGAGCACUCGAGAUCACCGGAGAUCAGCUGAGAAUUCACCGCAACGCCGUGUACGAUUCUCGACGUCAUCUUCCUCGGCUUCGUGCCCUACUUCGCCGCGAUCUUGUAUCACUCCAAGAUUGCGUAAGGCUAGAGAUGACUUCAACACAUUCUUGUCCGCACAAAACGCAUGA